GAGUUCCGGUCAGGGCGGUUCAUCCCGGUUGUGAGGGCUUAUCGCUGUUAGCACGUGGCGCUUGCUUUUGGCGUUGGAGCUUCUGAGUAGUUUGAUAGGCGGGCAUCUGCCCAGAGAGGGUUGGAGGGCCUGCGGGUAGUGCUGUCUCUGUGCGGUUCUGUCCCAGCUCCGGGCGACGGUCUCCAGCGGCGCCGAGGUGCUGCGAACUCCGUCAUGGACUAUCGGCGGCUGCUGAUGAGUCGGGUGGUCCCCGGGCAGUUCGACGACGCGGAUUCCUCGGACAGUGAAAACAUUAACCUGUGGUCCAUCAGAGAGGAAGAUGUUUUGUUUGAAGACAUGCAGAAGAAUGUGCCUGAGAAAAUGGGUGGAGGUGACAUGGAGGAAGAGGAGGAGGAGGAAGAGGAGGAGGAGUAUGAUGAUGACGACUGGGAUUGGGAUGAUGGAAUUGGAAAACUCACCAAAGGUUAUAUCUCAAAUGCAAGGAGUAACCCACAGGCAAAUCAACAGACUUCCAACUACAACCCAGCCAAAAUGUCUACUCCAGCAGACAAGGUCUUACAGAAAUUUGAGAAUAAAAUUAAUCUAGAUAAACUAAACGUUACUGAUGCUGUCAUAAAUAAAGUCACCGAAAAGUCUAGACAAAAGGAAGCAGAUAUGUUUCGCAUCAAAGAUAAGGCGGACAGAGCAACUGUGGAACAGGUGUUGGAUCCUAGGACACGAAUGAUAUUAUUCAAGAUGUUGACUAGAGGGAUCAUAUCAGAGAUAAAUGGCUGCAUUAGCACAGGAAAAGAAGCUAACGUGUACCACGCUAGCACAGCAAAUGGAGAGAGCAGAGCAAUCAAGAUUUACAAAACUUCUAUUUUGGUGUUCAAAGAUCGGGAUAAGUAUGUAAGUGGGGAAUUCAGAUUUCGUCAUGGCUAUUGUAAAGGAAACCCCAGAAAGAUGGUGAAAACUUGGGCAGAAAAGGAAAUGAGGAACUUAAUCAGGCUGAACACUGCACAGCUCCCAUGCCCAGAGCCUAUCCUGCUAAGAAGUCACGUUCUUGUUAUGGGUUUCAUCGGUAAAGAUGACAUGCCAGCGCCACUGUUGAAAAACGUCCAGUUAUCAGAGUCCAGGGCUCGGGAGUUGUAUCUGCAGGUCAUCCAGUAUAUGAGAAGAAUGUAUCAAGAUGCCAGACUCGUCCAUGCGGAUCUCAGUGAAUUUAACAUGCUGUACCACAGUGGGGGUGUGUACAUCAUUGAUGUUUCUCAAUCUGUGGAGCAUGACCACCCACAUGCCUUGGAGUUCUUGAGAAAAGACUGUGCCAAUGUCAACGAUUUCUUUUUGAAGCACAACGUUGCUGUGAUGACCGUGCGGGAACUCUUUGAAUUUGUCACAGACCCAUCCAUUACACAUGAGAACAUGGAUGCUUAUCUCUCCAAGGUGAGACAGGGUGAGGAAGGGAAAGGACAGAAAAGGGCAAUUGUCAUUUGA